CUUUGACAGAGUCACUGAUCUCAGUCAGAAGCAGAGCAGCUUGCAGUCUUUGAAGAACAGCAGGUGAAGCAGGUGUUGACACAUACGGAGUCAGGAAGAGGACUAAUUCACCUGUGCAGAGAAGGAUCAGAGAAAAAAGGAGGAGGACACGAAGAGAGCUGCAGAUGGCUGGCUUUCUGGAUAACUUCCGCUGGCCAGAUUGCGAAUGCAUUGACUGGGGGGAGAGGAGGAAUGCUGUGGCUUCUAUUGUCUCUGGAGUUCUGUUCUUCACAGGCUGGUGGAUCAUAAUUGAUGCAGCAGUGACAUAUCCAUCCCAGGAGCAGAUGAACCAUGCGUUCCACAUGUGUGGCGUCUUCUCUACCAUAGCAUUCUUCAUAAUAAUUGCAGUUUCUAAUGGCCAGGUGAGAGGAGAUACAUAUGGAGAGGGCUGCCUUGGCAGGACAGGAGCUCGUCUUUGGCUGUUUAUCGGCUUCAUGAUGAUGUUUGGCUCCCUCAUCGCCUCCAUCUGGAUCCUGUUCAGUGCAUGUGGUGCCAAAGAAAGAAGUGGCACCUGGGCUGGCCGUGUUCUUUCAGAAUGCCUUCAUCUUUUUUAGCACUCUGAUCUACAAGUUUGGCCGCACUGAAGAUUUAUGGGGUUAGAUGGUCUCUCACUCACUCACUCACUCACUCACUCACUCUCACACACACACACACACACACACACACAGUAUUUAAACAUGUUUUGUAAACAGCUAUAAAUUACAAAGAUAUAGACCUAAACCCCAAAUGCACACAUGAAUUCACAGAAUGUUUUAUAAUCUGCAUUAGCUUUUUACGUAGAAACCCAUCAGUACUGCUCCAUACACACGCACCAACACAUACACUCAUUGUCAACAGGCAUAUAGUGUAGUAGAUAUUUUACUAGUUCUGAAUCCCUUUUCAUGUCUUUACAGAUGUGAAAAUAGAUCUCUGUCAUUUGUUCAGAUGCAUUUGCAGACUUGUUUUUGUUCACACUGUGUCUAUGCUGUCCUCCAAAAAUUUAUUUUAAAACUGUUGCAAAAUGUGUGUAUUUUAAAUGAAGGAAUUCAUGUUUGUUUAUUGAAAAAUAAUGAGCCAGGGUCAUUUUAUGUCAUCUUAUGUUAGAUGCAUCUCGAGUGUCAUUUCAUGUUGUCAUUUUUGUCGAGGGUUACAGUGUAAUGUCACUGUAGUGAAUGAGAAAGGGAAAACAGCACUGGUCGUGGGACGGGCUCAUCUAUUGAUAUGAAUCAUUCUGAAGUGGAUAUGAGAGUAAACACAAAGCCCUUUCUGCUGUCUCUACUUAAGCUGCUCCUUUUAUUUGCUUGUCUGUUAGUUCAAUACAUGCACUGGAUUGUAAUGUAUUUUGUUUUAGAUUUUUUUUCAUGGGUCUGAUAUUCAGCCCAUAUUCAGCCCAGUUUCCUGUUGACAAAUUAGUCACUGUCGUCCUGGAAGUGUUUCUUACAGUCUCAUUAAUCCUCUUGUAUUUUGUCCCUGUUUAGCUUUUGUUUCUACCAGAAAAUGUCCUGUAAAGUGAGAUGUAAGUAUUCAGGAUUUUUUGAGGAGCCAUUUAAAGUAUUUAAGUAAAGAACAAACCUUGUGAAGCUGUCAGUCAGACUGCUGUGGUCACAAUAUUAAAGGAUUGUAACAGACUACUCCGUGCUAUCACAUAUAGACAUGUGCAACAGGCCAUUUUUUUUAAUGUUUUAGGAUAUACUUUUACUCUAAAGCUUUGACUUGCAUGGAGUAAAAUUUGAUGGAAAACCCUGGAAUUUGGGGUUAUUUUCCAUCUUCGCUACCCCUUUUUAAUUAUCUGUUGACUUGUCAAGAGCUCAAAAUGUGUGAAAAAUAAAGAAAAUAUUUUACUGGAGAAUCCUAUACUUAAUCAUACCUAUCACAAUCAAUAUCCAUCUGUGUAGCUGUUCCAAAACAUAGACAUGUAUACAGGUCAUAAACC